GCCCACGCUGCGGCAGCGCCGAGGGGGGCGCCGGGCCGAGGCGCUCAACAGGCGCUGCCGGCCCGCCGGGCCAGGCGGGACGGGCGCCGGCACAUGGCAGGAGCCGCGCUCGCCGCCAGCCCCGUGCCAGGCGGCGGCGGCGGCCGCAAAGGGGCUUGGCCGCCGCUCGGCGGGGCUGCCGCGCCGCCGGGGCUCGCCCGCGCGGGACCCACCCUGCCCGCUCAGCCGGGGCCGGCAGCCCGGCCGGCAGCGCCGCCGCUUCCUUUGUGUGCGUGAGGGGAGCUGCGGCGGGCGGCGGCGGCGGGUCCCCCCGGCGGGCUGUCAGCGCUGCCCGCGAGGAGGCGGGGAAGGGAAGGGAAGGGACGGGAAGGGAAGGGAAGGGAAGGGAGGAGGCGCGGGAAGGCGCUGGCAGGGCGGCUCUCCCGUCCCCGUCACAAGGUAAGCCCUGCUCCCCAGGCGGAGAGAGGCACUGGAAGCGCCGCGGGGCCUCUUCCCGGACCUGCCGAGCGGCUUCGCCCGGCCCCGGAGAGCGGCCGGCAGCGCCUCGGCGGGGCGCCGCCGCCACCCGCUCCCCGGCGGCGCGGGGAGCCGAGCGCGGGCUGCGGCGGCGGCUCGGCGCGGCGCGGCUCCGGCACUGGCACUUUGCGAUGGGCUGGCGGCAGCGGCGGCCGGACAGCAGCGGGGGCCGACGCGGGGCUCGCAGCUAAGGGGCGAGGAGGAGGGACCAUGGCCGCAUCCAGUAACUCCAGUUUGUCCGGCUCGUCGGUUUCCUCCGAUGCUGAAGAAUACCAGCCUCCAAUAUGGAAAUCAUACUUGUAUCAAUUGCAACAAGAGGCACCACGUCCCAAGAGAAUCAUCUGUCCUCGGGAGGUGGAGAACAGACCAAAGUAUUAUGGAAGAGAGUUUCACGGGAUCAUUUCUCGGGAGCAAGCAGAUGAAAUACUUGCUGGUGUAGAAGGAGCGUAUAUUCUUAGAGAAAGCCAGCGGCAACCCGGCUGCUAUACUCUUGCUCUCAGAUUUGGUAAUCAGACCUUAAACUACAGGUUGUUCUAUGAUGGGAAGCACUUCGUUGGGGAGAAAAGAUUCGAAUCGAUCCAUGAUCUAGUUACAGAUGGCUUGAUAACAUUGUAUAUAGAAACAAAGGCUUCUGAGUAUAUUUCCAAAAUGACAACAAACCCCAUCUAUGAACACAUUGGAUACGCCACUUUGCUUAGAGAAAAAGUGUCACGAAGGCUGAGCAGAACAAAAAAUGAAUCAAGAAAAGCAAGUGUAACGAGCGAAGAAAAUACCCCAGUUGAAAAGAUCACCUCCUUGGUCAGAAGAGCAGCCUUAACUCAAAACGACAACCACUUCAACUAUGAAAAAGCACACAAUUUUAAGGUCCAUACGUUUCGAGGUCCACACUGGUGUGAAUACUGCGCCAACUUCAUGUGGGGUCUCAUCGCUCAGGGAGUGAGGUGUUCAGACUGCGGGCUGAAUGUACAUAAGCAGUGCUCCAAAUACGUGCCCAACGACUGCCAACCAGACCUCAAGAGGAUUAAGCGAGUCUACUGCUGCGACCUCACCACCCUAGUGAAAGCCCACAAUACCCAGAGGCCGAUGGUUGUGGAUUCAUGCAUUCGAGAGAUCGAAGCAAGAGGUUUAAAGUCUGAGGGCCUCUAUAGAGUCUCAGGCUUCACUGAGCACAUUGAAGAUGUGAAAAUGGCCUUUGAUCGAGAUGGUGACAAGGCUGAUAUUUCUGCCAGUAUUUAUCCAGACAUAAACAUCAUUGCUGGAGCACUGAAGCUAUACUUCAGAGACUUACCAAUUCCCGUGAUCACCUACGACACCUAUUCAAAGUUCAUAGAGGCAGCAAAAAUCUCCAAUCCUGAUGAACGACUAGAAGCAAUACAUGAAGUGUUGAUGUUACUCCCUGCUGCUCACUACGAGACACUUAGAUACCUAAUGAUUCAUCUCAAAAAGGUUACCUUGCAUGAAAAGGAGAAUUUUAUGAAUGCUGAAAACCUGGGAAUAGUGUUUGGGCCCACUUUAAUGAGACCUCCAGAGGACAGUACCCUUGCUACGCUGAAUGACAUGCGGUACCAGAAGUUAAUUGUGCAGAUUUUAAUAGAAAAUGAAGAUGUUCUCUUUUAGACAGAGGCGCAUAUCUUCAAAGCCAUUUGUGUUAAAAUAAUUAGUUUGAAGGAAAACAACAUUUCUUUAAAUUUUUUUAAACAUAAAGGAAAAGUUCCUUGACUGCACUUCAAUUUCUGCAAAGUUGCAGAUGGAUGCCAAAAUGUUUAGGGAAAGCCUAUGUCUCAUAGACAUAUGCCUCUUUGUAGAAGGGAAAAAAAGGUCAGAAAAAAUCCUCUUACCUUGUAUCUUUUGCCUUGCCUCAGAUGUAUAUUUGUUUUGAGAAGUUGCAGACGAUUUUAUUGUUAACUUAUUAAGAAACACAAAACAUAUUUUAAUAUGGCUAGAGAAGCAAAAAGGUACUUAAUCAGUGUUACUUGUAUACGCCUAUACAUUUCCCUCUCCAUGAGACAUAAUUAUAUAUGUCAAUUGUGAAACAGAACCUAUAUUAUAAAGAUAUUUUUACUUUACCUAGCUGAAAGAAUGGCAUUUUAUUUUAGCAAACUAUAAAUCAAUGCGGUGCAUUGAUUAUUUUCCACGUAAUUCUUUCCUGCAUUUUUGCUAUGAUAUAUUGAAAACAAUUACCACUAAUGCAGUAUUAUCCUGACAUACCUCUUUCAUUGCAAGUGUUUUAAAGGAGAAUUCUUUUCUUGUAUGUAUUCCAGCUUUCCUUAGGCUUUUUUGAACAUUUAGGCACUAGCAUCCUAAGAUUGUACACUUUUAGCCAUUUGCUAUUUCCAAAAACAUAUAGUAUUUUCUCUUCUUUUUUUUUUUUACUCCCAUGUAAAAUAUGGUAUUGAGAAUUUUUCAAAAGUCCUGGUGGUAGUAUCAGUUUCACAUGCCAGAUUUUUCUUGGAUUACAGUAAUAUGUAAGUUAAGUGAUGCUGGGACACUGGAUAUUUUCUGGCCUUGUUGAAAAGUUAGCACUUUUUUGGGUUAAUUAUGAAGGAUUUGGUUUUUCUGUAAAAAUCGAGUUAUGUUUUGUCAUGUUUCUGUAUUUAUAAACGUACGGUAAAUCUGCUAAAAAUGUAGGUAUUUAUCUUGAAUGUGUUUCCUGAUGGUUUGUUAAAAAAAAAAAAGAAAGAAUGUGUAGGAAAUGUGGGAGUUGGUAAAUUUAAUUAUUACCAAAUUUUAAUAUUUUUCUCCCCUCAUAAACAUUGACCUACAGAGUUCAUAGUCUAACUGCAACUUAUUCCUAAUGUUAAAACUGUUUCUCAGCAUGAGAUGUUUCUGCAAGCAUAGAAAAUCAACAUAGUUUACUACCAAACUCAAUUUUCAAUACAAAAAAAAAUUCUAAUAAUCCCUCAUCUUGAUCAUUUGUAUCAUAUGCUUGGUAACUCAGUGACGCAGUUUCCUGAAUUAUUUCAGGGAGCACAUGUUUCUAUUCAAAUUGAAAAAUAUGUGUAACUAUGAUAAUGAAAGGAGGUGGAGGGUAUGACUGUAAAUUUGUUGUCUUCUAGAGAAAUAACUAAGGGCUAGAUAGAUUAAUCCAGAUUGCAGAGCAAAUGCUAAAUAGUCUGAGUUCCCAAUACUUCCAUAGAUCCUCCUGCCUUGUACAGGACUAUUUGUUGUAGGUUAUGUACUACUUAAUACUGUCAUAAAAAUGAUCUGGAAAUGGUUUUAUUUUGUGAAGUGAAAUAUGCUUUGUAAUUUAUGAUAGUGUAAAUGGAAGGAAAAAUCCCAUUAAAUGUGUUAAAGAGUU